AUGGAUUUCUCGCUGAUGUCGGAGUCGCUCGUUGCCCGGCUUCGAAAGCUGGUUCCGCAAGCCUUCGAGGAUGGCUUUUGUCACGACUCACCUUUGAUGUGGAGGGAGCGGUUCCUGCAGUUUUGCCAGUAUGGCAACAGCAUAUUGGCAUCGGCAAUGGAGCGGGUGGAGGGCUUGCAGAGUGCCCACAUCAUGGGUUUGGACGACUCCGAAUCCAUGGAGACAGAGCGGGGGUUUGACGAUGGCCACGCGGGUACUUCCCGGAGGCCCUUUCGCCACUGCAGUUUGGGCCAAGCUGUAAAAGAUAAGGUGGCUGCUUUCUUGGCCGACUUGAUGCUCCUCUGCGAUGCCGUGGCCGUUCGAGUUGUUCUGCAUCUUCCGAUGCAGGAAUCCCGGUUCUUCGAGGGACACCCUGCCUUGAAGGAGGCGGAUCGGCUCCUGAAGUUCACGAAGUGCUUCUUCCCGAUGUCCACAUUCGGUUGCUGCAAGCAGCAGCUGGGACAAGCACUUCAGGUUUGCCAUCUUGUGCUUAUGCGGCACCGCCGUUCGGUUGAUUCGCUACUGGCGAUUAAUCUGCCGCGAAUGCUGGAUGCAAUGGCAAAAGAUCUGGUGCUCCAGGAUUUGGACGAGUGCUUUAUGCUGCAGCGGUGUGUGGCGAAUCCUUAUGGGACUCCGCGAGCCCGGCGAGUUGAUUUCACCCUCCAGGAUGUGGACUGCUAUGUGACACGGUCGGCUGGGUCGACGGUCGUGGUUCCACGGCCGCAUUGUGGGGUUUUGUGCUUGGUGUGCCUUGCUUUUGUGGGGUGGAUUCUCGGCUUGCUGAGAAUGGGAGAUGCUCGAGCCGUCGCCGUGAUGCUUCUGCUGCUUCUUGCAGGUCAGAAUGCAAAGAUGUUUCUAAUGUCGGCAGCAAAGAGGAGCUUGGACCAAGCUUUCGAAGGUGCAGAUGAUAAUAAGGAGAAGUCGAAGUCGGCCAAAAAAGAUGAUAAAAAGAACAAGAAAGAGAAGAAAGACACGAAAGGUGACAAGAAGAAGAACAAAGGUUCUUCCUCAGACAAGGAGAAUGAGGACAGCUCCGACUCCUGUGAGUCGCAGUCCUCGCAGGGGCUGUUUUCCGAGAUCCAGGCGAUGUUUUGCCUUCGCCAGAAGGAUCUGGCAAGGCAGAGUGGCCAGGACAAAAUGGAUGAUUUGACGACUCGCCAGAUCGCUUUCGUGAUCUCCGGCGCCGGGGCCGGCUCCUACCUGGCGGCCGCCGAUCUCCAGGAGAUCGGUGGCGAGCUCGAAGCAGUCCACAGCGACAGGGCUCAGCACGCGAAGAAGACGAAGCAGAAGGUGGAGGAGAAUCAGGCGACAGCACAGGCUGCCUUGGCUAGCACUCUGUGGAGGAAGCGACUUGCGAAGUCUUGUUUCUACGGGGCAGCUUUGUGGGACAAGUUCAAGGAUGUUUUGAAGAAGAAAUGGAGGAAACACGACCUGGAAAAGUUCUUGGAAGCUGAGAUAGAGAAGCUCCGCAAGGAAGCCACCUCCGAUCUGCAGGAGAGCCUAACAAAGGCAAAGGGAAAGCCUCUGAAGGCCAAGGACCCAAAGGCCCCAAAGAUCAAGGCUGGCAAAGCCGCCGUUAAGGAGGAGGAAGAGGAGGGCUCUCCGAAGGCUGAAGAUGAUGAAGAUGAUGCUGAUGAAGAUGAUUGUGCUAGCGAGAAAUCGGAGGCAAGCGGCGGGGGAGACGUCAAAGAGGAGAGUGCCGGCGAAGAUCAGCCGGAGCAGGAACCAGAUGACGAGGAGGAAGCUGAUUCCUCAGACCAAGAUCUCUUUACGGGCACAUUUGCCCGUGGGCGAAACACAACGCCCAGCAAGCAAGACGCCGGCACAAUUCUCGACAAGCUUCCUCCGCAGCUUAAAAAGCAAGCCCAGAGCAUCGAGCAAAAACUGCUGAAGUCAUUGCCCACAGACAUCCCCCAGCAGCUCGACUGA